UUGACCAGAGAGGCAGCAAUGUACUAAAAAGGUCUCUGAACAGCUGAAAAAAAGAGAAGAAGAAGACAACUACAUUUUCAACGCUGUCAUUGCUGUGGUCAGAGACAUUGAAUCUGACUGCUGUUGUUGUAGAGCCUGGGUUCGUUAAGACAUUGGUCAUUUUUUGUUGUUGUGAAUAAUGUACGUCUUGUGCGUAUAGUUAAACAUAACAGAUGUAGCUUAGACGCUUUGGUUCACAUCUAUCGUUUGAGAAGUGCUGCUUGCUAGCUGAGAUUAGCGUGAAGCUGGAAGGUUUAAUGCAUGGGCAGUUAGCAUUUAAUAUGACUAAAUUAAUGGCGAUUAUGUCAUACAGUGAGUAACAGCAACCCUAUAAUCAUGGACCAUCAGUGUGUAGGGGGUUUACACAAUAAUUUACCAGUGUUGAAACAAGCAGACUGAGUAAACGUAACGUGCACAUUUUCUUUUCCAGUGAAUUCUGAGUAGCCUGUCAAUGACAAGGUUUUGGCUUCAAAAUGGUCAUGACUGUCAAGCAACCUCUGACAAGGGCUGUUCCGUUUCCCAAAAUCACCUUGCCGUUCGUUCUGAUGUUCUACUGACGUGUUCAAAGCACACGUAGCUAGUCGAGUGGCUGCAGCAGCCAAUGCAAAUUUCCUUUGUGCUGUGUUUUGGUAGGGGAGGUUGUUCAGUGUGUUGUGUACAAAAUGCCGAGAAAUAGUUCUAGAUACAAGGCACUACAUACAGGUAACGGCGGUACGACCUCCGUUUGUGAACAAGUCCGCAUGCCUCGUAUGCGGGUUUUGGUCAUCUGUCUCUGCGGUGCGUUUGUGCUUGCUAUGAUCUUGGGAAUAUACCUGUCAAAUGAGGCAACCAACUCCAGAAUUCUGUCAGCAGAUCUCAUUAAAGACAAGCUCAAUCAUAAGCCUAGCAAGUUAUCCCUGGCCCAGGUACGCAAACUAGCUGCCCAGGUAGACAUAUCACGUCUGUGGGAGAAACAUCUGAGGCCAUUCUUGAUAGAGAGGCUUCCAGGAACGCCAGGCAGCCAAGCUGUGAGACAGCACAUCAAGUCUCAGCUCUCGUCCCUACUGACGGGCUGGACAGUCGAGGAGGACCUCUUCAAAUCAGCCACUCCACGAGGCCUGGUCACCUUCACCAAUGUCUUGGCUGUACUGGACCCCUCAGCCCCCCGACGCCUCCUUCUGGCCUGUCACUAUGACUCCAAGUUCUACCCACCGGACCCCAAGCACCCCAAACGUGUGUUUCUGGGGGCGAGCGACUCAGCAGUUCCCUGCUCCAUGAUCCUUGAACUUGUUACAGUUCUAGAUGUGCAGUUGAACGCCCUUAAACAACAGCGGGCUGCUGUGACCCUUCAGCUGGUCUUUUUUGAUGGAGAAGAGGCAUUUGAGGAGUGGACAGACACUGAUUCUAUCUACGGCUCUCGCCACCUGGCUGAGCGCAUGGCCCACACGCCGUAUCCCGCCCCCACCUCUCGCACCAACCUACUGCAAGCAGUGGAUUUGUUUGUUUUACUGGACCUGUUGGGUGGGCCUGAUCCACUGAUUGUCAAUCACUUUGACAACACAGCUCAUUGGUUUGACCGUCUCAUAGCUGCAGAGAAGAGAUUGCACAGGCAGGGCCUGUUGUUUUCCCACCCGUCUGAACAGAGCUACUUCAGGAAGGAUGUGUAUCUGGGCCCUGUGCAGGACGACCAUAUCCCCUUCUUACAUAGGGGUGUUCCAGUGCUUCAUGUUAUACCCACGCCAUUCCCACCAUUUUGGCACAAAAUGGAGGAUGAUGAGGAGAGGAUGCACCGGCCCACUGUGGAAAACCUCACUAAAAUCAUGGCCAUCUUCCUGGCAGAGUACUUGGGCCUUUAAACACACACACACACACACACACACAGAGCCUGACUCAGGAACACUGCAAUACUGAAAGUACGUACCUCUCUAUGUGUCUGCCAAGAAGUUGUGAUUGGAGUCUGACUUUCAUUUGGAUGGACACAUGUUCAGGGCGAAUUAAGUUCAAACUUUGUGCACCAAUUCUCAAUCUGAUUUAUGGAGGCAGAACUAUUUGAUUUAUGGAGGCCGAAUAGUGGUUUCUGUUGUCAAGUUGUGGGAAGGUUGUGAACAGACAGUUUCCUUGUUUUUGGUUGAUUUCACUUCAUUGCACUAGCAGCUGUCCUCCUGAUGUCUCCUCACAACGUGCCAGUCAUGUCUCAUCAUGUCCUUGAGACUAGGAUUGUGCUAACCUUUUUAUGGUACUACAGCUCACAAAAGCACAUACUGGAAAGUUACCAGCUAAAUGGGAGGAAAUACGCUGAUUAUUGUUUUCUUAAGAUUGUUGUGUAUACACUGAAUCAGCAUUCCCCACUCCCUUCUUUCCACAACUGAGCUACAUGUGUGUUUAAGGUUAAAAAAAUGAGAAAUAUUUAGAAUAAUUAGAUGUCAACAAUUUGCCCUUCUUAGAAGUACAGCGGGUCUUUUUCAUGUUAUUCUAUGUGGUGGUGUAAUCCCGUUUUUUUUUUUUUUUUUAUACCUGUUUCACAUUAUUUAGACCAAGUGUGAACUGAACUUAAAAGAAACUGUGAAGAUAUCUCACACUAACCUCUGCUAUACAUUCUACCUUCUUGAUAUAUGUAAGCAGUUUAUAAUUAAUGGAGACAUUUUCUCAAAUUGACUCGAUAAGUAGACUAAAAUUGAAUAGUAAUAGAAUGAAAAGUAGUUAUGAUGAAUUAACACAGUGACAGUGCAAUUACAGCUAUACAUUAUGCAAGAAGUCCAUUAAGUAAGACAUGUAUACACUUGUGCCAACUUAGUCAAACACUGCUAAAGACUGUUGUUUUAAUUGGAGCCUUUGUAAGUGUACAUAGUGAUCCACCACCUUUGCUUACAAUUGUUGGCACAUACAUUUGGCAUGAGUCUAUGUACUUUACUUUGUCAUUAACUAGCUGUUUUUAAAAUAAAUAUGUUGGCAGCUGAAAGUUAAAUGUACACAAUAAGACUCUAUACCCUGACAUCUCAAAAAGUUAUGAUUGAUCAGUGAAACAUAUGUUUUUGGAAAUUUUGAAAGAAUUAGAUUCAGCAUAUUAGGUACUUACUGACACUUUCUCUCUAGGAUUAAAAAUGUAAUAUUAA